CUCAGCCGGGCAGUGGAGGCAGGAAGAGAAACAGGGACUGUGCUUGCAGCUGGCCAAUGGGGGCUGGAAGCUCGUCUGAGAAUGCGGCGAGACCCUCGGCUGAGACAGGGACAUCUCUAGCUUCACAGGUACUGAAACAGCAUCUCCUCGGUUUGUUGGCAGUAAGGCCUCACUCAGCCCCCCAGGCUGCUGUAAGAGUUGCUUCCUUUUAUAGGGCCAAAGCUGGGUACUGGGAGAUUGGAAGCUGAGUGCCACCUCUGAGCAGGUACUGUUUUGCUGCCCCUGCCGACUCCAGAAUACAGCCUUGGCUUCUUCUUCUCCUGGGUGAAUAACCCCUUCGUAGGCCGCUAGAGGACUCUUUCUCCAGCCCCCAGCCUGUUUUGUUUCAUGCCGCAGGCUCUGAUGCCUCCAUGUCCUUGUCAUUUGCUCUCUGCUGCUUAAGAUUUAUUGAGGCUGUUGGCUACAACUGAGUGCUUUAGAGCUGCAGGCAGCAACGGAGAAAGCGGAAGGCGGCUGUAAGGAGAGGGGCGGUGGUGGUGGGAGUUCAGCUAGAACGAUGGCGAAAUCCCUUUGGCAAGGCAGGGAAGCUACGCAGAAGAGGGGUGGGAAGAAAGACAUUUCAGGCAUAGUUCCAAGUACCCUUGGAAAGAAAGGAACAGGUGAUCUAGCAGGGUCAGGUUCUGCAGUGGUGCAUUUGGGGGGGGGGGGAUAGAAUUCUGACAUUUAAAGCUAAAAGUGAUGACAGGGAACUGUGUGGCAGAAAACUGCCUUUCUGUUUAUUUGGUGGUGGUGGUUGUUAAUUAUCCACCCUCCGGCCUAAGAUCCCAGGAUGGGUUACAACAAUUAAAGCACAAUAUUAACAGCAGUUCAAAACAACUUACAACCACAGCAAUAAGAUGGGUGAUGAUGAAGAUGAUAAUAAUAAUAAUAAUAAUAAUAAUAAUAAUAAUAAUAAUUUAUUUGUACUCAACCCAUCUGACUGGGUUGUCACAGUCACUCUAGGGCACCUCAUGUGUCCAAAGCUAAGUAUUACUAUUAGAGAUCAUGAAUGUGAGCUGCAGACCAGAGGCAACCUCUGUGGGUCUGGCAGGGGGGGCACUGAUAAAUUCUGCCCUCCUGGCGUUGAUCAGUGGCACAGCCGCAUGUGGCUGGGCGCCUCUUAAGUGCUCCUCACAGAGCCCUUUGACUCGUGCCUAUGUGCCAAUCCCACUUCUCCUAGCUCACAGGCCUUCAUUUCCUCCAGGCCACACACUCGCGCUCUUGUCCCCUAAGCUGCGGAAUGUGUCCUUGGCCGAGGCUCAGCCUGGCCAGUGAGAGGGGAGUGAAAUGCAUCUGGAGGCGGCCCAGUUAGUGCUGUGCCAUGCUGCUGCUGCUGCUGCUGCAACUCACGCUCCCCAUACUAAUAAAUCCUUCCUGGCUGGUGGAAGCACUGCAGAGAUGCUGCCUACCGCAUUCCCUUCUGCCCACCCAGGACAGAGUCCCUUCCCUUGGAACAAGGUCAAGGAAGAAGGCUUUGAGCAGCAAGGAUCUUUCCUAGCCUGUUGGGGUGUCGGCUGCCCUCCUCCAGCUGCAUUCAUAAUGCUCUCCCUGUUUGUCAGAGCUGGCUGGCUGACAGGGAGGAUAUGAAAUAUGAACAGAACAGCUCUUUGUACAGAAGGGAAUCCCAGAAGGUGUGCUGGGAGAAUCAGAGCCACAGUCCAGCAAGCUCCUCCAAAGCUCCCUUUUGGGGGGAUUAGUGGCUGUGCUUCAGUGAAGGCCCCUUGACUACCCUCUUGUGCGGACUCAGGUUUGCCCUCCAUCACUUGUAGGUCUCUGGCUUCUUCUGGAAGCAAUGGCAGUAGCCUAGGCAAAUUUCUCUCUGGUCCAGCAGAGGAUGUACUGGGAACAGCUCAGGAGUUGCGGUGGCAAGUCAGGCAAUAUAAGUCAGAGUGCACAUAUAAGAAUAUAAGAUGGGUUAGUUGGUUAGAGCAUGGUGCCGAUAAUGCCAAGGUUGCAGGUUUGAUUCCCAUGUGGGACAACUGCAUAUUCCUGCAUUGCAGGGGGUUGGACUAGAUGAUGUUCAGGGUGCCUUCCAACUCUUCAGUUCUGUGAUCCUAUGACAUGUGAAAUUGCAUGCGGGGUCACAGAAGACGAGGAUACUGGGUGUGAGGACUGGCGACGGCAGCAGGAAUAUACAGCCAGGCACCUGAGCAAUCAAACUCCUCUUGUGUGUAAGAACAUAAGAAGAGCCCUGAGGGAUUAGACCAAGGGCCUCUUUGGUCCAGCAUCUACAAUGCCUGUGGGAAGUCUGCAAGCCGGGUGUAAGUGCAGCAGCACUCUCUUCAACUUGGGAAUCCCAGCAAUCUCAGUAUACUGCCUCCGGCCAGGUUGUCAUUCAUAAUUUCCAUGGCUAGUAGUCACUUGUCAGUUUUCCACUUUCUUUUCUCACACCAUCAUGCCAGGUUCCUAAAAGAAGUCUUUUAGAGCAGCCUUUCCCCAGAUGUUGUUGGACUACAACUCCCAUCUGCCCCAGCCAGCAUGGCCCAUUGGUCAGGGAUGAUAGGAAUUGUAGUCCAACAACAGAAAUUGUGCUCCGGCGGCACGGCAGCAGCAGGAGGCCCCAUUAGCUAAAGUGGUGCUUCAGGUUAAGAACAGUUUCAGGUUAAGAACGGACCUCCGGAACAAAUUAAGUACUUAACCUGAAGUACCACUGUAUUGUUUUUUGUCCUGUUGCCUUUGUUUGUGGGUGUGUUUUUUGGGUGUGCCAAGAUAACUUGACUAGCCUUGUGGGUGCUAUUUGUGGGUGGGUAUGGGUGCCAUAUGCUGUUCCACCUGGCAGCCAAAUGUAUUGAGCUAGUUCUGCCCACAGCCACCUCUUGCCCAAACCUCCAUGCAUAGCUCUGCUUUUACUGAGAGCAGCUGUGCACCAGGGUCAGGAAGAGGAGCAAGCUGUUGGGACAAGGGGAGUUGUGGCUGGUGCGAUAACAAAGCUGAGUGUAAAGGUGCCUGGUUUGAGAACGGGUGGUUCCCUUUAUGGGAAAUCCAGCCAAUGCACUUUCUUUAAAAUACUAUUGGACUUUAAAGGAGGGUUGGACAAAUUCAUGGAGGAUGACGCUAUCAGUCGCAACAAGCCAAGAUAACUUUACUCUGCCUCCAUGCUUCUGAAUACUAGUUGCUGGAAACCCCAGGAGGGGAGGGGCUGUUGGGCUCAAAUCCUGCCCUACUGGUUUCCCACAGGCAACUGGUUGGCCACUGUGAGAACAGGAUGCUGGACCAGGUGGAGCUUUGCCCUGAUCCUGCAGGCUCUCUGUUCCAUUCACAAAGAAAGGUGCAGGAUUGCAGCCAUGUUCUAUCUAUCUGGCUCUGUCCUAUCCUUCGUUGCUCCUAUCCUUCAUUCACCUCGUUUCUGCCUUCCUAUUCUACGCCGAAGGGGCUGGCCAUUGGUCAGCUCAGAUUCUGACCAGACUGGAAUAGAUAUGAAGUGUAAACAAGAUGCAUAGUAAUAAGUAGCUAGCUCUGGCAGCUUGAAAGUUUUAUGUUCGGUCUUUGCAGACCAGACUUUGCAAAAAAAAAAAUUCUGCCCUUCAGUCAAGAGGAAUUAGAAAAUUAACAUGCAAAAAAGAGAAAGAUCUGGAUUGUUGCUGCUGGUUAGUGAAGAUGCCACCAAGCUUAAGAAGCUGCAAGCUGUGUAGCCCAUUGGCACCAUUCUAUAGGGCCAAGUGGGAAAUGUAGGCAAAAGCUGACUUCAUCUUCCUGCAGUCUCUUCCUGAACAGUUUGUUGGAGUCUGGCUGUAUAAUUUGUUGAUGGUUCUGAUCCUGCUGGCCAGAUAAAGUUUUGCAUCUGUACCAGGACUUCAGGAUGGAAAACAAAAAAACAAAAAAACAAAGGACUGGGUGCUUCCUGGUUCUGAUUCAGUUAGGUUCAUUCAUGAUGCUUCAGGGAGAAGAACAGUUCUAAGCCAAGUGCUUGGUGCUCCAGUUGGUCUGCACGGCUGUCCAUCCUUACGCACAAAUAGUAGCUGCCCCUACCACCCUCUCCCUUCUCAGUGAAAUAUGAUUUUUGCUCGAGUCCCUUUGUCUGCUUGGAGGACCUCAAGUGUGGGAGGGGAGGGGAGGCAGAGGAGAUGAAACCUGCUUUAGACUAUCCACCAAAAGGUCAUGCAUCAGAGAGCAUCUCCCACGCACAAAGGUACCCUUAGAAACAGUUCUCUGGAGUUUCUCCUUCCACACGCACCUGGUGCCUUUAUAGAAAGGUCAGCGCAUAUCUCCAGUAGCUUCUGCAGUCACCUGGCUUGGCUGCUGUCAUUCUCCAUCCUAAUGAUCCAGUCGGAGUUUGCUUCCUCCCCAUCCUUGUUUUGGAGUGCAGCUGACAGGCUCCUAGCUAAACUGCUUGUUCUCUCUGUUACUUUGAAGAGGGCUUGAGCAGGCAGAUGAUGACAGCCUGGCCAUAAUGGGUUUAAUGAACUGGGGAAGCAGCUGCAGAUUGUGAUGAAAGCUAACAGGGAGGGGAGUGUGAGCAGGAUGAGGGCUUUCAGAUGCCUUCCCUUUUGGUCUUCAUAACAUGCAAGAAGAAGAAGAAAGCUGACGGUGAUGGUCCAGGCCUGGAUAGUGCUGUGGGAUUUUUUAAAGCUAAUAGCCAGUAUCAUCCUUAACUUUCCCAUUCUUUUGUGCUUUUGGUUUCACUGCAAUUGGACAAAUAAAGCAGGCUUCAAAUGAACGUUGAUCUACAGGGAACUGAAAAGCUUUCAAUGAGCUGUGCCCUGUUUCAUGUGGGACACCUAAGCGAUAUAAGAAGAACCUGCUGGAUCAGGCCAGUGACCCAUCUAGUCUAGCAUCCUGCCUUCGCAGUGGCCAACCAGGUGGCUGGGGGAAACCUGCAAGCAGGACCUGAGCACAAGAGCACUUUCCUCUGCUGUGGUUUCCAGCAUUUGGUAUUUAGGAUCAUACUGCCUCUGACCAUGGUAUAGAGAUGCUUAAGUAUACAGAGUUUGCUUCAAUGCAUGAGAUGAAAUUCCAGGUUUCCUUCAUCCCAACUGAAAUAUACUCGGACUCCUGUAGUGAAUUCAUGUUCUUUAUUGCAGCCUGUAAAACAGUGAUUGAAUUGGCCCCCAAACCUCAGCCUUUUAUAUACAGUGGUACCUUGGGUUACAUACGCUUCAGGUUACAGACUCCGCUAACCCAGAAAUAUUACCUGGGGUUAAGAACUUUGCUUCAGGAUGAGAACAGAAAUUGUGCUCCGGCGGCACAGCAGCAGUGGGAGGCCCCAUUAGCUAAAGUGGUGCUUCAGGUUAAGAACAGUUUCAGGUUAAGAACAGACCUCCAGAACGAAUUAAGUUCUUAACCCGAGGUACCACUGUACAUUAUUUAUACAAUGAGUCCCAUCUGAUUGGCUGAUUCUGCUUCCCUCCUGGAGCCUGAUUGGUCUUUUCCUGCAAGCCAAUCAGUUGGUGCAUUCUAGGAUCCUACUUGCCUAUUGUUCUAGGAUCCAAGCUUAGUACAUAAGACCAACCAUUUUCGGCUUUAUGGAUUUGAUGUCUACAUAGACAGUUGGCUCACACAAUGAAAUAGUCCCCCACAACAAAUUAAACUAACCCAUAUAAAACCAGCAUAUCUGAGAGAAACCUAGGUUACAAAAACAAUUCUUCCCCUUUUAAAAAGUUUUCUAUAUGUGGAGAAUUUUCCUUUGCUUUGAAUGGAAGAGCAUUCAGUCAUGCGAGCUCUCACGCUGCAGUGGGACAGCCUAGACUCAGAUUUACAAGUAUCAAUUUGGGGAGAACUCUAAGCCCUUCCACAGGGUUGGGGACCCUGUAGCCUUCCAGAUGUUGUUGGACCCCAACUCCCACCAGCCCCAGCCAGCAGAAUCAGAGGUCAGAGGGGUUGGGAGCCAUAGUCCAGCAACAUCCAGAGGGCUGCAGGUUCCUUAUCCCUGGUAUUCAUAAUACAGUGCUGGCUUGGCACCAGAAGUCAGCAUGGUUGAGCACCUGUUGACUGCCUCCCCUCAAAUGCCACCUGUACAUUUAACCUCUCCUUCACCUCGGCAGAAGGCCGAUUACCAUGUGGAUCAUGUCCUGCUACUCUGCUCUUUCUCCACCUUGCCUCCACUUACCUGUGUUCUCCUGCAGAGGGUGGACAAGUGAAGACACUGGCAAUUUUGAGGAGGAGCAGUAGAGGAACAGCCACAAACUUUGGGCAGACCUACACCAUACAUUUAAAGCACAUGACCCCCCCCCCCCAGGAGGGAACUGUGGUUUGUUAAGGAUGCUGGGAAUUGUAGCUCUGUGAGAAGGAAAACUACACAAGUCACCUGGAACACUUUCCCUUCUGAAAUCAAUCAGGCACCCACAGUUCUGAUACGGUGUCACAUGCAGAAAACAUUUUUUUUGCCCACUGUUUUUAGAGAACGACUUUAAUUCGCUGCUGGUCGUUUGCUUCUUACUUUUUCAUGCUAUGGUUUUAUGAUGUUUGAAUGGUUUUUUGUACACUGUCACAAUAUUUUUAUGAGUAGGUGGUUAUUAUAAAUACAUACAUAAAUAGAACAGCAGCAGCAGCAGCAGCAGCUGCACACUAAUGUGCUGCCCCCCUAUGGCUACUGGGCUGCCUGUGAGAGGAGAGGAUGAACCAUGGGCAGGGGCCCUUGCAACCCAUAGUUAAAGGGGUCCACUAAGGUCCACUUGCAUGUAGUCUCCCUGCCCCAACCUUGGAGCUGACCCAGAUUCAGUGAUCACUAGAGUGAUUGACGUAGGGGUUGAUUUUCCCUAUGAUCCAACUCAAACGCCAUAUUACUGCCAGAUCAUUUGCUUUUACUAGCUACAUGGCAGGCAGAAGUUCAUUAGCUGAAGUUUUCCCAGCCCUGCAUCUCAGAGAGAGGGGUGGGGAGAGGGGGCAAUGUACUGUACACACUGUACUGUAUUUUAGGGCACACCUACUUACUUACCCCUUCUGCGCCCCUGUGCAUACCAUGGCCCCCUACCUUCCCUCUGUUUCCCAAAGGCAUUCAUGCAAACACAGUGGCAGGUACCCUGCCCUGCUAAUCAUAUGUUGCAGAGUAAUAUGCGCAGCUAUUCUGUUCUUCCUGCUGUGCAGGAUUUUCCCAUUCCACAACAAAGAGUGAAAUGGCUAUUAUCUCCAUGCCGUGGUCUAAGAAAAUAGCCCCUAAACAGUGGAGAAUUGAAGGUUCUGAGAGCAGGGGUGGGAAACCUGCAGCCUCAGGGCCACUUCCAGUCCUUGCUUUAAUUAAUUGUGUGCAAUUAAUUGCAUGGGGGAGGAAGCAGGGAAAUGAGAGAGAGAGAGAGAGAGAGAGAGAGAGAGAGAGAGAGAGAGAAGAGAAGCUUCUCACUUUUGGCUCUGGCCUGCUCACCCCCCAAGCAGGUUACUUCAAAGGGAAUGUGGCCCUCAAUGGGGAAAAGUGUCUCUAUUCCUGUCUGAGAGGGAUAGGCAUUACUACCCCAUAGAGAAACACUUAGAUCUGCAGCUUGGCUUCCCUCCAGGUGCAGAGCUUCCUUAAUGCAUGGGUUAAUUCUCCUUGAUGUGGCUGUCUUGGCAAAAGUAAAUUAGGCAGGGACACCUGGGAAGGAGCACCAUCUGCCAGGUGUUUUCAAAGCCAGCUCACAGGGUACAAAAAAGAGCAGUCUCUUGCCAGCAAUUCUUCAUGGAAGCAUGCACUCCCCUUCGCUCCAGAUUAGGAGACGUGUUAUAUUUUCUCGACACAGAAUUAUUUGGAUGGGGGAGCAUGGGGAAUGUAUGUACAUCAUCAGGUGUGACAAACAGACCCGGCCGCCCUCCUUUUCACUGUGGCUGUGUACACACCAUGCAUUAAAAGCACAUUUCCUCCCCCCCAAAGAGAACUGUAGUUUGUUAAAGGUGCUGGAGGUUGCUACUCUAUGAUGGGUAAACUUCCCAAGAUUCUUUUUCGGUGGGAGGGGUGUGUGCAUUAAAUGUAUGGCGUGUACUAUGCAGCAGGUGUGUACUAUGUGCAUGCUGGGAAGAGACAGGGAACCACAUCUUCUGAGACUGUGCAUGAAAAGAAGAGACGAUCAUUGUAUGUGACCAUCUAGAUGGAGAUGCCAUGCAAUUACAUAAGCAGAAGCCUUCCCCGUAAGGGGCAAAACAUGUAACCGGUGGAGUGACCAUCAGGUAUGACCAGUAAGGUGCUUGAUGACAGUGACCACGGCCAGGAACUUCCAAGGUGUGUUUUUGUUGCUCUAGUAAGGGAAGAAUGAUGUCAUCUCUGUUCCUUUAGGGCCUGCGAAGCUGUGCUGGGAGCAAUUUAGUAAGCUCUGAGACUUCUCCAGCAUCAGCACAUUCUUCCUUUGCUCCUUCCCUCUCCACCUGCUUUGAAGAGCAUCCAUGUGCUUCUGUGUCCCAGAAGAUAGGGAGCUCUUUGAAAGGAGAGAGAGAGAAGCAGAAGCGACAAUAUGCUUUUGAGGCCAAACAGGCAGACACGUUUAAUUAUACACUGUACAGCACAAUAUAUUUUAACUAACUGCUAGCUAUUUCCCUAAGUACCCCCUUAUCUCUCAGAGCAAUAUAAAACCCGGGAUGGAUUAUGCUGCAAUUCUGGAAUCUCUGUAUAUAUUAUCGACUGGGAUUACGGAACACAUCCUGCAUAAACACUCCACUGAGUCAGAACAGCACCAGGUCUAAAAAUAGUUCAGCACUGUCGAAACCCAACAACCUGUGAACACCCUCUCCCCCAGUACAUAUGGGGUGACAAAUUCCAGCUCCCUGGCUUGAGAAUGAUCCAGCCAUUCAGGAAGAAGCCGAAGCACAGAGAUUAAAGGCAACACAGCUUCUUAGUUUUAUCAUAGGCAUGUCCCUGUCUUAUGUGUGGAGAGGGGAUGUCUCAGCUGACCUGUCUACCCACAACCCACAGGACUGCUGCUAGACUCAUACAGUGCUUAUACCAAAUGAAUAUAGAGUUGGAAGGGGACCAAAACAGAGUUGGAAGGGGGACCAAAGGGUCAUCUAGUCCAACCCCCUGUGGUGCAGGACUAUUACAAAGAAGCUCCUUAUAUGCCAAGCAAAAGCUCAGUAAUCAUCAAAAUAAACUUCUGGCAAAAUGAGUGUGCAAUAAUGUGUCUUGUUGGCAAGGAGUGAAUUGUACUGCAUUGCUGGGGCUGCAGGAAAAAUGAGGGUUAGCCAGAGUCCAGUUUCCAAAUUUGAUACUGGCGAGUUUGUGAAGAGGAGUGGGAGAGAUUGUCUGUUUGGAUUAAAUGGUCUUAUGCCUUUCCUGCCCCGAAGCCCUGAAAAAACACAAUUGCUGCACUUCAUCAGUACUUUUCCAGGGACAUUUUGUAGUAUGUUUAAUACAGGCAGUCUCAGCCAUGCUCAUUCAGACCCCACCUGGAACACUGUGCCCAUUUCUGAGCUCCACCAUUUAAGAAGGAUAUUGACAAGCUGGUAUGUGUACAGAGAAGGGCAACCAAGAUGCUCAAGGGUCAGGAAAGCAAGGCAAAAUCACUCGGGGGCCACAGAAAGGGUCUGGUGAAGGAGAGUGUGGCCUGGGGAGGGGAUCUGGUUUGGGAAAAUCCCAGAAGGCCUGAGAGAGAAACCUGGAAAGAAGGCCACUUUCAAAGCCCUGGCCUGAUGUUUCCUACCACUCUUGUUAUUUGCAUAUUUUAAUUGAUUAUUGAUUGUUGAUUCCUUGUCAGCAACCCUGGGGGCUUGUUGAAGGACAUGGUAAAAAAUCUCUUAAUAAAGCAGAAAAGCAAGCAAGCAAACAGAUUCCCCAAAUUCUCUGAACGUUCUUAGGGUGUGGCUUCUUCUUCUUCUCUUUGGUGAUCCACCAGGUGUUCUUGUUGAUUUAAAGCAGAGUCAGUCGUGCCCAGCGGAAGGAUGAGGAGUACGUGAUACAUACUCUAUAUAGCUUUAUUUACAGUUCAAAGCUGGUAUAUUACAGAAAGACAUCUUGCCUCUGCUGGAGCAGAAAAUGCAUCCUCUCUCCUCAACAGCUCGGAGAGAAUCACACAGUGAAAAACAGGAAACCAGUGUACGUCACAUCCAGUCUCCCUUUCCCGUGAGAAACUCCAACAGUACAGACUGUGGAAUGUAAACACCUGUCUCGUGACAAGCAGAGCUGCACAGUGAAGGAAAGCAGAAACCAACAUCCUCCCCUUUCUGUGAACAUCACUGGGCAGCGUGUUUGCACAAUAUCAGUACAAACCCAACUUCUGCACAUAGGUACAGUGUUGAUCCCUUGAUACAAUCUUGGACAAUACAUCAGCAGGAAUUUCAUUACCUGGCAUAUAGGACACCGUUACGAGUCCCUUCUGAAUACAUUCCCUAGCAUGCUGCAACUUUAAUUGUAAGUGCUUUGUGCUUUGCUUACAACCUUCAGACUUCAGCAAAGCCAAACAUGCUUUGUUGUCCUGGUAAACCUGGAUUGGACAUUUGACAGGAAUUUUCAUAUCUUUGCACAAUUGUACUAACCAUUCACAAUCCUUAAGUGAAUAAGACAGUGCAUUCAGUUCAGCUUCACAAGUACUUAAGCUAACUGUUGUUUGCUUCUUGCAUGACCAAUCAAACAGACUCUGAUUGUACAUAUAGCAAACUCCAGACGUACUUUUCCUGUCUGUAGCGUCACUUCCAAAACUUGCAUCUGCAAAUAUCUCAAGACCACCAGACUUCUGAUUGUUAAAUCUCAGUCUGUAAUGCAUAGUGCCUUUCAAAUACCGCGCUAUGCGUUUCAGAGCUUUCAAUCCUUGACACUAGGAUUGUUGACUUGUCUGCUUAGCAAAUUACAGCUAACAGCAAUGUCUGGUCUUGAACAUCUGGCAAUGAAGUUUAGCUUGCCUAGCACACUCCUGUACAAUGUAGUGUCAGAAAAUGCUUCUUCAGUGUCAUCUACCUGAUAACCUGUUGUCAUCGGUGUGUCUACAGGGUUAGCAUCCAUCAGAUUUAGUUUGCUUAACACAUCAGCAAUUUUCCGUGACUGGUGUACUAGAAUGUUACCAUCUUGAUCUCUCUCUAUUUCCAGAGAUAGGUAGUUGUUUACCUCACCAAGAUCUUUCAUGUCAAAGUGCUCUUUCAGUUGAGCUAGGGCGCUAUUGUACAUUGCAACAUCUUUCCAAAAGAAUAAUAAAUCAUCAACAUAAAACAAACAGUACAGUUUCUUUUGCCCCUCCUCUUUGACAAAUACACAUGGAUCAGCUUUCCCUUGCUGAAAACCUAGAGAAAACAAUACUUCAGUGAGUUUUGUGUGCCAACACCGUGCACUUUGUUUGAGACCAUAAAGGGAUUUCUUCAGAGCACAAACAAAUCCCUGUUUUACCUGUACGCCAUCAGGUGGAAGCAUAUAAAGUGAUUCAUCUAGAGAUCCGUACAGAAAAGCUGUAUUAAUAUCAUGGUGACUAAUGUGUAGAUUUUCCUCUGCAGCUAGCUUGAGCAUAAGCCUAAUGCUUUCAUAUCUCACUGUGGGUGAAUAGGUCUCGUGAUAGUCUUCACCUGGUACCUGUGCAAAACCUCUGGCUACCAAUCUGGCUUUGUGUCUGACUAUCUUGCCAUUUUGAUCUGUCUUCGCUUUGAAGACCCAUUUGCUCCAAGCAGUUUCAUUCCUGGAACUACUGGAACUAGCUCCCAUGUUUUGUUCCUUUCUAAGGAAUCAAGCUCAGCCUUCAUGGCAUUUAACCAUGGCUCAGCUUCCUUCGAAUCCAAACCCUGGAUUUCUUGGAAACUUGAAGGUUCAAAUACCUUCUUGGAGCUUUUAACAGCUGUUACUGCUAUCUUAGCAAACUCAUCAGCAAAUCUCUUUGGAGGUUUGCCUUUUGUGGCUCUCUGUGACCUACGAAUUAGCCUUAAGUCUUCAACACUCUCCUCUUCCUUCUUAGGAGAAAAACGACCUAUUGUGAACAAUGGUUCCUCCAAUUCUUGAUCAGAGCUUUCAGAGGGUCGCAUAGAGGCUUUCGCACUCUUGAAAUCCUCUGAAUCACCCGAUUCAGUUUCAGAUUCAGACUCAGAACCUUCAUCAGUGGGUGUGGGCUGUUGUGGUUGCUUUUGACUAUCCUCAGUCUCAUCACCGUCAUCAGGAUAACAUUGGAAAAUUCCCACAUUCUCCCCCCACUUUGCAUUGUACUCAACACUUCUCGUGAGCUUAAUUGUCUUAGAGUCAGUCAUCAUUAUUCUGUAAGACCCUUUCUGAUAACCUAGAAAGAUACCAUGCAAUCCACGCUUGUCUAACUUGGCGUUUUGUGGUGAGCGAACCCACAUGUCAGAACCAAAAUCUUCAUGUGUUUGAUGUAUGGCUUCUUGCCAAACAUCUUCUCAUAGAAGUACGACCAAUCGCUGAAGAUAACCGGCGAUUGUAACUGUAAACAAAACACGAGAGAGAUUCGGCCCAAUAACUCUCUGGAAGAUUGGCAUCAUGCAGCAAGGUCUUUAAUCCUUGAAGCAAUGUCUGAUUUGCCCGUUCCGCAAGUCCAUUCUGCCAUGGCGAGCGAGGACUAGACAAAUCGUGUUGAAUUCCUUUCUCAGUCAGAAAAGCUUCAAACUGCUGAGAAGUGAAUUCCCCCCCGCGAUCACUGAAAAGAGUCUUUAUCUUCUUACCAUGCACAUUUUCCAACCAAGCACAAAAUUCCUUGAACCUAGGAAAAGCCUCCGAUUUCUGCUUGAGAUUGUACACAAAAAUAUAUCUAGAAAAUGCAUCAAUGAGAACCAUGAAGUAUCUAUUUCCACCCAAAGAGGGCGCUAGUGGUCCAACCAAAUCAGCAUGAACAACCUGGUAUGGUUCUGUAGCUUUCCUACUAGACACCUUACCUUUCGCAGCCAUUUUCACCUUGUUUGCUGCGCAUGCUUUGCACUUCAUGUGGUACCUGCAGGGUUUAAUAGUCAUACCUUCAACCAAGGCAGGCAUUUUAGAUACUGCCUCAAAAUGCAAAUGACCAAAUUUUCGAUGAAAAUCGUGAAUACAUUCUGCAUGCAAACUUUUGUUAGAACCUGCAAUGCAACAAGUGUCAUCCUGCACCACAUCAUCAUAAUACAAAACAAACAAACGAUCAACAUAUUCUGCAUGCAACACAUAAUCAUUUUUCUUUGUGAUGAUGCACUUCUUGUUCUUGAAGGAAACGUCAAUGUUCCGCUCAUUCAGCUGUCCAACGCUGAGCAGAUUAUGUUUGGCGUCUGGCACGUAAAGCACAUUCUGUAUCGAUAAGUCCAAACUGUGAAGAACAACAGUUCCGUAGCCUUUACUGGGAAUAGUGUGGUCAUCCGCCUGGUGAAUCGCACCUUCCUGCGGUGUAAAAGACACAAACAGUCUCUUAUCGUUGCACAUGUGGUGGGUGGCCGCUGAAUCAAUAACGAAGAAAGAUCUAGACGUCUUCUGGACCUCUGCAACCUUUGGAGUGAAGCGUGAAACCAUAGCCUUGUGCUGCGUUGUCCUAGACACCGGACCUUUGCCUUUGCCUCGGCCUUUUCCGCGCGAUGAGCUUUCGCUGCGCUGCUCUGUCUUGGCCCUGGGAUGUCUGCAUUCCCUCUUCAUAUGGCCUAGACGUCCACACGAGUAGCAUUUCACUGCCUUCAAAGCUUUGGCGCCAUCUGGUGGUUCCACUGCACUAUGGGAUGACGUCUGUGAAGACUCCCCCUUGCCCAUGCAGCUAGCACCCCGGCGAUCUGCUUCAUUUAAAAUCACGGCAGUAACAAAGUCCACUGUCAGCUGAGCAGUUGGUUGCACAGCAAUCUGGGUUGCAACAGACUCCCAACCUGAACCCAAAGAUUGUAGUAUCAUGAAAGAAUACACAGCCUCUGGAAAGUUGAGUCCUCUCUGUUGCAGCUCAUGUCUCAGAUUUUGCAUCUCCAUUAGAUGUAAACGCACAUCUCCACCUUCAGCAAGAGCCAUAUUAUGCAGCUUGUUAAAGUAAAACAUAGUGGAUCCAGCUUCUGUCCUUAAGUGAGCCUCUCUCAAAGCGUCCCAAAUUUCUCUGGCUGAGGUCUUAUCACGCAAUAGACAGAGCUCUUCUGGGGAUACUAUCAAUGUAAGAGUUCCCCUUGCUUUGGAAUCCUUAGCUUCCCAUGCAUCUGUAACUGGAACUGGGGGUUCCUGUAAUCACCUCAAACAAACCCUCUUUCCGCAGAAUUGCCUCUGCAUACUGAACCCAGUCGCUGUAAUUUUUCUUGUUGAGCUUAGGAAUCCCACAAGCAUCCUGAAGGGCCAUCAUGACUCUGGCAUUAGCCUUCAGCGUCAUAUGCUGCUUUAAAUCUUGCUGCGUCACUGCUGCAGCUGCCUUAUUACAAAGGCGCACUUAAAAGUUACUUUCGAUUUCCCCAGCAUAGUGACUUGUGCCUGGGAGCCUUUGCCUAUUCCCGGCAAAACCGGCUUUAAAAGUUCAAAGUCCAGCCAUAAAGCCAUUAACUUGAAGCUGGCAGGCUGCCCGGAGCAGUAGCACAUACCUCAUCAAUCACCUCUACGCGCAGAGCAGAUUCCUUUCCGAUCUGUCCCUCUGCAUUCCGAUCCUUUGCCGGCACUCCGAUUCGACUCCUGGAGCCCAUAACCACGUGUUGAUUUAAAGCAGAGUCAGUCGUGCCCAGCGGAAGGAUGAGGAGUACGUGAUACAUACUCUAUAUAGCUUUAUUUACAGUUCAAAGCUGGUAUAUUACAGAAAGACAUCUUGCCUCUGCUGGAGCAGAAAAUGCAUCCUCUCUCCUCAACAGCUCGGAGAGAAUCACACAGUGAAAAACAGGAAACCAGUGUACGUCACAUCCAGUCUCCCUUUCCCGUGAGAAACUCCAACAGUACAGACUGUGGAAUGUAAACACCUGUCUCGUGACAAGCAGAGCUGCACAGUGAAGGAAAGCAGAAACCAACAGUUCUUUAGUUCUCUGGUUCUUCUUUGAACCUCAGCCUUAGAGUUGGCAUAGGUUUUUUUCUUAGUGGUGCAGUUUCUAUCUCUUUGCUAGAUCUGAAAUGCCUUCCUUUUCUUGUCAAUAAUGCAUUUAAUCUCACUGUCAUUCUCAUCAAACCAGUCCUGGUGUUUCCUGGUUUGGUAUCCAAGUUUGUUCACAGGCUGCAAAAAUGGAUGCUUUUAGCUUGGUCCAGUGUUGUCAGGGUCCUUAAGAGUCUUUUGGAAGCAAUCCCACUUAAUAGGACCUUGAAGGGCUUGAGUGUUCAUUUUGCACCUUGGUUUCAUUCCUUGAAGCCUAUGCUGAGGUAUAAUCUUGAUAGCCGUUAUGGAGUGUAUUAAUCGGUGAUCUGUCCAGCAAUUGUUGGCACUGUCAUAGCUCUGGUAAGGAGCACAUCACAGUGAUUUUCAGCUCGGACAAUUACAUAGUCUAAGAGGUGCCAGUGGUUCGACUGAGGGUGUCUCCAUUAUGUUUUUUAUUUAUUUAUUUUUGUUGAAAGUGUGUGUUGGUGAUAACAAGGGUGUGUGGCACCCUGCUACUAGUAAUGUUGAGAAAAGACCUUUUUUAAAGGAGUUAAAGAAACAGGAUACAAUUCAAACUUAAUUUUAAUUUUAAUUUUAAUUACUUAAUUUUUAAAACAUCCCAAACCUCAGACCAGCUAAACCUGAAACAUAAAUCCUUAUUCACCAUCUCUCAGCUUAACCUGCCUCACAGGAAUGUUGUGUUAAUACGGAGUUAAUACAGAGAAGGGAAGAGCCAUGGUAUGUCCCUUCAGCUCCUUAGAGGAAAGGGCUUUUUAAAAAAGCAAAAUAAAAUAAAUAAACAAGCAUUCACUUAUACCAGGAGCCCAAACACUGAAAUCACUUCCAGUUAAUGUGCUGAGACCAGUUUGAGAGGCUGGUAAUAAAUGAUUAUUUCAACACACCCCUCCCUAAGAGCUGAAUUCAACUUAAAAGAGAGAGCAAUGCUUAAUUCUGUAUACUCAGCUCUCUUUUGCCUCUGGUAUACAAGUUUAAAGGUUUAUGUUUCACCCCUAUUAGUGCUUUUGUUCAAACAGGCUUUGCAGGUUUUUGAAACAAUUAAAAAGAUUUGCAAGAUUUAAUCAACUCAUGGGACAAAUGGAACAAAGGAAAUAAGCAUGUAAGCCAUAGGUGCUGAUGUCUCUCUCUCAACUCUUUCAACUCUUGUCUUUCAACUCUUGUCUCUUUCUCUCCAGCAACCUGAAUUUCUUCUACUAGCAUUGCAAAAGCACGGUUGAGACUGUUUUCACAAGUUAGCAUUUCUGGCUAUGGUGCUUACUUGCAUUCUGAACUCCAUACUUUAAGCUCGGUGGACCAUCUCACCUCAGAUAAUUACAUCGCUCCUUUCCUGAGACAUUUACACUUAUCUUCAACCAUCAUGUCCUCUGUCUUGGCUUUUAGGAAAGGUACAUAGAUGGAUUUGCUGUCUUGAAGGUAUCAGGAAGGAAAUUAGAUCGUGUCAGAUGGAAUCCACAUUGCUGAUUACAGAAGGCAGUGGAAAUUUGCCUUUGUCUUUGCUCAGCCCCUCAGCUCAUUCCCAGUCUCUGGGCAACUUGGCAGCCCUGAACAGAAGGGGUUCAUUAGGCAUUGCUUGUGAGAUGUGCCAGUCAGGAGCAUCCUUUAAGGACAGUGCCUGACACUGGUACAGUGUGAGUCUUUGUCAUGGGCCUCCAUAUCUGUCUAGCAGAUGGAUGGGGAGUGGGGAGGGGAACUUGCGAGCAAUAGUUGAAUGAGUGCCUUGGUCAAUCUGUCUCUGGAGGCUUGACCAAGACUCCUCCUGUUCCCUCUGAUGAAUGGGUCUUGCAAUGGACUGUUGUGUUAGGGUAGGGAGGGUCCCUCAUCUGUUUGUGGCUCAUUUUCACAUCACCCUGCUGCCCUGUGUGUCUUGAUAAGUGAUGAGCCUAGGGCACAGUAGUGGAAUCAAUAAUGCACAAAACAGCUUCACUGGCUCCAUCCCAGCCCUAUACAAGGCCUGACUCUUGCUUGCUUCUCUGUGCCUGGGGUAAGUGAUGGAUGGAGCAAUGCAGUGGAGCGAUAGCUCUGGGCAGGAGGCAAGGGCACACAUAGGCCUGGGAGAGCCCAGAAGGGCUUUUUCUCAGGGAAGAUUCAUUGCUGACUAUCCUGCUCUUUUCAUUUAAUGCAAUCAUGUUUCACAGACUCGGAGAUCAUACUCUGUCGAAACAGAUUGUAUCUGAUCUAAGGCUCGAGGGGGAAAUUAGUAAUUAGGUGUGGGUGAACAAAUGCUCCACUCAUUCCUCCAUUCCAGCUUUGGAAAAGGUUGGGUUGGGGUGUUUCUAGGAAACCACGGAAUGAGAUGUUGCCAGAUGAUCUACUUCAGCAAAAUGCAGGUGUGGUGCGCAUGUUGCUGGACUCCAACUCUCAUCGUCCCUGACUGUUGGCCAUGCUGACUGGGGCUAAUGGGAGUUGCUGGGCCCGACAAUUCCUGGAGGGCCACAAGCUCCCCAUCCAUGCUCUACAGCACUCUGUUAGCAGAACAAAUAAGAAAGUUGAAUGCAAGCAAAUAAGGAAGUUGAAUGCAAGGUUGAAUGAAACCAAUUAGAUCAGGUUGGGCUUGUGUAUUUGUGUCUAGGACCUAGUCUCCUAUGCCCGAUCACUGUCAGGUUCUGGGAGACUCCAAAAUCUAGAAACAUCUCAAAUUUCAGAUGGUGCCUAUUUCCCUGGGGUGCACAACUGAGAGGAACAGACACAUUUCAAUAGCAGAGCAUAAGCCUUGCCUGCAGAAAGUGUGAGAGCCCUGGGAUCUCCAUAGAAAACAACAACUCUCAUGUCACUGGGAAAAGCCUCAGCUAGCUUGUGUAGGGUGUAUUGACUUAUGUGGCCCACUUUGUAACAAGAAGCUCGAUAUCCUCAUUUGCACUUCCCUGCUUCCUGUAGACCCAAUACAGGCUUCUAAUCCGCUGACUGAAUAUUCAUGAGCUUGCAUGCUAUUGCCAGAUCUGCUGGAAAGCUCUCCUCCCCUAAAACAACGCCUUAAGGAGGCAGCAUAGAUUCUCCUUGGAAUUGGAGUUUGGGGGCACCGUCAGUCGUUCAAUGUUAUUUACAGAGAUGUUUGCUUUUGGGAAGCCCAGUAGUGGGGGUAUAGGCUUGAAGUUCAAUUAUGUCCUUUUCCUGCACAGUCCUGCCUGUGUUGAGGACAAGCUCAAAUGCAGCAGCUGAUUUUAUUUCCUGAGGUGUCAUCACCACUGUGCUAAAAAAAAGAGAGAGCAGCUAAGAUGUGAAUACAGAGGGCAUGAUGUUUAUGUGGGUGCCGUCUCCCCCUCUGCAGAAAAAGAAUUGAAGGAUUCAAUGGCAAAGCUGUUAAGCCCUUUACUUCUGCUCCAAGAAAGGAGUGGCAGACCACAGUGAAUGUGUGAGUGUGAUUUUUUUUUUUUAAUUCAUACAUCCAAAGGCAGAAGUGUUGCCAUAGAAACACAGCACAUCCUUUUUGCCAGCUGGGGGAGAUGGCUCCUGGUUGACGUCAUAGAGAGGAUGACACACACGUGGAACAGAAAGGUAUGGACAGUGGAAGUUGAACUAUUAUGGGGAAACAAAAAAGGGGAGCAUAGGAGCCAAUUCCUAGGGGCCGAAGUCCCUCUGGCCCCCCAAUAUGAUAUUUGAAGGGGCCAGACUCCCCCAAAGUUGAUGGGCAUUGCCAUGCAAAUGGUUUGUGUGUGUGUGUGUGUGCUGCAUCUUUGUGAUUGAUGAUGUGGGACAGGGCUUACCUGUCCCCUCCAAUACAGUGGUACCUCGGGUUACAUACGCUUCAGGUUACAUACGCUUCAGGUUACAGACUCCGCUAACCCAGAAAUAGUACCUCGGGUUAAGAACUUUGCUUCAGGAUGAGAACAGAAAUUGUGCUCCGGUGGUGCGGCAGCAGCAGGAGGCCCCAUUAGCUAAAGUGGUACCUCAGGUUAUGAACAGUUUCAGGUUAAGAAUGGACCUCUGGAGCGAAUUAAGUACUUAACCCAAGGCACCACUGUAAUUUGUUCUGCAGGUCUGUUCUUAACCUGAAACUGUUCAUAACCUGAGGUACCACUUUAGCUAAUGGGGCCUCCUGCUGCCGCCGCGCCGCCGCCGUACAAUUUCUGUUCUCAUCCUGAAGCAAAGUUCUUAACCUGAGGUACUAUUUCUGGGUUAGUGGAGUCUGUAACCUGAAGCGUCUGUAACCCGAGGUACCACUAUAUUUUAUUCGAGUUGGCACCCUUGAAGGGGAGCAUCAGGAGGUUCUGAAUGGGAGCCUCAAUCUAGUAUGUAAAUUCUGUGUCAAUCUGUCUCAGUGCGGUGAUGGUUGAUGCCCAUUGGGAUUGGUGGGGCAGAAGAGAGGCAGACCCAACAAUAGGUGGAACCAGAUCUAAAUGAAAGGCAAACCCACUUCCUAACCAGUUGUAAAUAAGAAAGCAGGCAGACAGAGAGUUGGUUGACAGUAGACUGAGGUUGGUGGUGCAGUGUCCAAUUUGCCCAUGCAAUGGAUGGAGUGAGGACAGCAGGUAGUCCUGCUGAAAAGAGAACACUUAACCACUUGUGGACAAGGCAAUUCCUACCGCCUUUUGUUUGCCCUGAUAUUCUGGCACUUGCCAGAAGGCAGCAUCUGAUUUUGUGACACAACCUCUCUGGACUGCAUCUUUACUGCAUCACCUGAUUUCACUAAUUUUGAAGGCAACAACCAGGUUCUGUCUGAUGCAUCCGUGGGUGAUUGCAGUAGGCGAUGGCUGCCAUGCCAUGCUGGAAGGGAGAAGCUUGGCAUUCUCUGAAACAAAGUAAGCAUCUUAAUAUGAAACAUUGCAUACAAUCAUCAGUCCCUAGAGCGAAUGUCAGUAAAAUAAAAUGAAUAAAGAAGUCAAAUGACUCGUAGAGAAAAUAAAAGCUAAUCACAUCCCAAAGCUGAAUAUCACUGGCUAGGAUCCCUGUGGUGUGCAGGCAUAUUCCCCACCUACCCAGUUAGAGAAGAUGACACAGUUUAAAAACAUUUCAUGGAUGGUUUAUUUUUAGAUUCAGAACAUUUCUUUCCUAUCGGACUAGUUCUCUUGUGAUUCUAGGCAUCUGGGUGGUGUUGGUUGUUAUUAUUGCUUCUUUUCCUGGCUUCUCUCCAUCAAGGGCGACUGAUCCCCAUCAAAACUGAUGCCACAUACAUGUGUGUGGUCAUGUUGAGAAGUUGGCGUUUUCUGGACAGAUAAAGUUUUUUUGCAAUGGACUUCCUUGGUAGUGCAUAUAAUACUGUGAUUGAAACACAGAUAGUAUCCACUGGCUCUAAGCUUCUAUCUACCCUCUGUAAGGAGCAGGAAAAUGUCUGUGUUUGUUGCUGGUUUGCCACUUGUCUUAGGGCUCUUCCAGACUUCUGCUGUUUUGGGGUGGGAUUCAAUCACAUACCAGUGAGUCCAUCUUUUGCACCGCAAACCCCCUUCCUCCUCCCUAAAGCUGGUUUUUGUGACAAUGAGAGUGAUGGGGAAAUGCCCCAGAAAGUGUGGAAUAAUACUUGCUUGACACAACGAUCACAUAACUUCCCCACAAACAAUUCAGAAUAGUCCUGUUCUUGCAAACUUGUGCAAACAAGGCAGCAUGAGUGCUCAAGAAACAGGUCAUCUGCAAGUGACCUUAGCUAAAUGAUAAUGCAUUUCAGGAUGCUUGUGCCAAUACAUCAGAGUCCUUGCCACCAGCUCUCUAAUCUGGACUGAACAAACUGCUUUUAUUCUGCCAACUGUAGGUUCUAAAGUCAGCUUUUGGACUGCUCUGACCCAUAAGAGAAGCAGUCCCAGGCUAGCUGCAUGCAUCUUCAGGCCUACAACCUCUGUUAUUAUUUUCCCUGCUGUAUUAUUUCCAUUAGUACAUUUUUAAAAAUUCAGUGCAGAGAAGUAGCUAGGUCAGCAUUGCCUCCCAUUGCUUUUCCAAUUGAGGCAGAAGCCAGGCCACUCAUACCACAUGCAAACUAAAUAGGGCUGAUAGUGGCUGUAUCAGUAGCAGGCAGAAUUAUGAGCUUCAGUCAAUUUUCUUGGUAGAUUAAUCGACUAAAGCUUCUGCUGCAGUUUGUCAUCUGAUUAAUUAGUAGCGCUAAUAGUGAAAGGGAGCCACCCUGCAGACUUCAGGCACAUGCCAGCUCCUCCUUCUUUGGAAAAAACAACAACACCCCAGUUAUACCAGCAUGUUCUGCAUACAUGAGUAAACAGAGAAAUAUAGGAUGAAGAUGCCCCUUGUUGCUCAUUCCCCUUAUCCCCCCCAAUCACUGUAGUUCCACUGACGGCUGUGUCUUUGUACCCUUUGAACUGAGGACAAUGCAAGAUUCGUCCAUGAAAUUCAAUGCAAUUUGCUGACAGCCAGUCCCCUUCCAUGGCGAGACACAGCAUGUCUGACUGCAGCAAUCAUGACCUAAAAGGACUGGCUUGAGUCCAUUAGGCAGCAGGCACAAUUACUCUUCGCCAUAAAGCACCGAUGUUGGCAGAUUCCUCUCUCCACUGAGUACCAUGAGUGAUUUGCGAGGCGUGCUUCCUUCCCAAAGGCAGCUCAGGUCCUGCAGGGAAACUUAUUUUUAGAACGCCAUGGAAAAGUCCCAUUGGCUUGCCUUAGGUCCUCCCAGUGAUCUGAGGUGCAAGGAGAUUCACUUCCAACCCAGGACAUAAUGGAGUGCCCCGAGUUCUUCAGGGUUUCCUCACCUCUUCCUAGAAGCAUUCUGUAGAUAUUACACAUGCCUGCAGACUGAGGCUGUGCACACAUCAUAUGUUUAAAGCACACGACUUCCCCCCAGGAUUCCUGGGAAGUGUAGCUUGGCAAGGGCACUGGGAACUGUAGCUUUGUGAGGGAUAAAUGACAGUUGUCAGUAAUCUCAUGUGCUGUAAAUCUGUCGUGUGAAUGCAGCCAGAGGAGACAACAUAUAUUGUAAGCUCCCUAAAGAAGAGACCUAUUCAUUUUUGCUUAUGCUACCCUGCAAAGCUCCAAUGCACAUUGACUGUGAGGUCUAUCUAUGAUAUGCCAUAAAAAGCACAUGGUGUAUAUCACACGGUAACAUGUCUUCCAUCCUUAAAUGCAUGCUAUUUGUCAUUUUACUCUGAAUGACAUCAUCCACCUUCUAUCUUGUAUGCAAGCAGCAAAUACUGUUGCUAGUAUUACAUAAACAGAAAAUGUGGCGUCUCCAAGAGCUAGAGAACGGAAUCCUUUUGAAGCCAUACUGCCUAAUCAUAAUAAAUACUACUGCCUCACCAUCAUUUCCCUAGAGUGAGCACGGAUGUGCUUAACUCAGUCUGCCAGGUCUUUCAAUUAUUCACUUAUGAGUAUAAGGCACUGCCUUGACCUAAGACAGUUUCUCAACUUGCUUUCCUUCCCAAACACAAUUCCUUAUACUGGAUUCAAAGCACCCUAGCUGUGUAUCUCUCUUCAGCCACCCUCCCACUCUGUUUUCCCCAUACUGCAGACUGUGCCAAUUGCCUGCAUAGGUCUAAUGAGCCCAGACUUUGUUCAAUCUUCCAGAAGUUUUGCUCCUCUCAUUGAGCUGUAGCUAAUCUUUCAGCCUUUCUUGUUGAUGUGAUUCUGUGCAGUGAUCUCCAAUGUGCAGCCUGAGUUUCCUUUCCAAAUCUUCAGUUUUCGGGGGGGGGGGGGGGAGACACGCCAUGUCUGAAGAUCCGUAAAUGAAAUUUUAGGCUGCACUUUGGGGAGUGCUGCACAGAAUGGCAAUGAGAGAUACUAAAACAUUUCCAGAGCAGAACUCCUCUGCAGAUAAUUACAGGUUCCAAGCACUAGGCAUCAUCGUUGGCUUUGGGCCAGGCAUGCCCAGCAUCUGCUCAGGUCGAUGCAGCAUUUCUGCUCAUGCCAGCAAACAGCUGGAUUACCACUGGCUCUCAAGCCUCCAUUCUGCUGAUGAAGUGCUCAACUGCAGGGUUGAGAAGCUUCUCAGCAAUCCAUAUUGCCCCUUUAAUUUGCCUGAACGACAAGAUCCUCUGAGAAAUUUUUCUUGUGCCUUUGCACAAUGCAUCUGACAGGGUCCUGGGCUGUAUGAAUUGGGAAGAGAUGGGAAGAAUGGAGGAGGGCCAGAAUGACAGGUUUGUCUUCAGGGUGAGGCAGAAGAAGCAAGUAUCCUGGCUUGAGAGUUGGGUGUGGUUCUUCUGCAGGUGUAUACAGGGUUGAAUUAGGCUUGCAGCUGAUAUUUAUAUGUGUGUGUCUGGGUAUAAGUAUGCAUAUCUGAAGUCUCUCUGAAGUAGCACAUAAUGACACUAUAUUUUUAGACCUAAGCAUUUAUUUUCCUUCCUUCUUUCCUUUUUUUCUUAAAGGUAGCACAUAUAUAUCGCAGAAACAUGCACAGCUAAACUAUUCCUGCUAUCUGCAUGUAUCUCUGUUUCCCUUAUGUUGCUGAUGUGAAGUUUUGGAACAUUCAGAAACAGUCACAAUUUUCAAGACAGAACACACAACAGUAAAAGGUUCAUAAGCAGGCCAAUUUCUACGAGGGGCUAGAGAGCUCAGCUUGGGUGGGGGAAGAUUCACAUAAGGCAGAAGAAAUUAUACCCAUGUUGUUUAUAUUCCAUGAAGUCUUCAGUACCCUAUAUAGCUCGUUGCCCCUUCUUUAUGUCUGCUGAAUAAAUUCUGCAAACUAAGCAAAGACAUGAAAAUAAUAAAUGUGCAUAAUUCAUAGAGAUUGCAGAAUCCAGCCUUUUCCUUAGCACUGAACUCCAUAAUUCAGAGUACAUUUGAAGGAGCAGCUGAAUAGCAAGAGGCCCCAGGAGGUAAAGAAGACAAAGAGCAGAUCCUGACGCAGAGUAGAGUGGGCAUGAACUGAGAAACCAAAGGGAAGGAUAAGAAAAUAAGGCAAAAUCCUAAUGCAAGGAUGAUGAACCUGAGGCCCUCCAGAUGUUAUUGGAUUACAAUACCAAUAAUUCCUGGGUUGCUAAUGGUGCUGAUGGCACUUUGAGCUGAACAACAUCUGAAGGGGCCAGGUUCACCACCUUUGCCCUAAAGAAAGGACAAGCAGAAGAGACAGUGAAUUGAGAAAAGGAUUAAUCAGUGAGAAAGGUAUUAUGAACAAAGCUCCCAUAUGGCCUCAAGCAGGUGUGGAGAACAUUUGGCUCCUCCAGAUGUUGCUCAACUACAACUCCCAUCAUCCCUGGCUAAUGGCCAUGCUUGCUAGGGCUGAUGGGAGUUGAGACAACAGUGACUGGUGGUCACCUGGAAGUUGCACUAAGGAGAAAGCAGAGCAGGCAAACCCCAUAAAACAGGAUAAGGGACCUUGUGCUGUUAAGAGAAAGGGUGAGGACAGGCAAAGAUGCUUUGGAGAUUAGAGGAGUGUGGGUCAAGGAGUGAUAUGAGAACAGGGCUAUUACUUCCAGGUGCCAGGAAACUUCCUGUACCUUUAAAAGUACUGUAAAAGGGAAAAUCCAACCAAGGGUGGAAGACUGUAAUUAUUAUUUUAAUCAAAUGGUCAAAGCAAAGGUACAGAAAAUCUCUCAAGGUGUGAACAUUGCAAGUUUAAGGGGAUAGCAAGGCCCAGAGAUGCAGGCUUGAGUUUGAACUAUUAACUAAGGGCACUGCAUCUAAAGUUGCCCAAUUGUGAACUCAGGAGAGGGGAUACAAAUAUAUUUAAUUUCAUGAAAAAUUAUGAUUUAUUGGUAUCUUUCAGUCCUGUUUGGGGAAUAUCAUUCCCUGGAACAGGGAGAAAACCCCAUUAUCUUUAAUUCCAAAUAAACAUUCAGAAAUCAUAAAAUGCUUUUAUACACAUUUCCCUCCGAAGAUGAUCACUCCCUGGCCAGUUCUAGACAGUAAGCAUGGAGGAUCAAGUAUAGUGCAGACACGCCACCCCAGGGAGGGCUAUUCUGAAGGAGGCCCUUCUGUCGCUGUGCCCUAAGUGCCCAUUAGUGCGGCCAAUUAGUCAGUCCCACACCAUAUACCAGGUCUCCCUUAGGCUUGGUAUGUGAGGGGUGGGUAUGUGGCAGCUGGGGCCAAGCGUUCCCCAUCAAAGAGAACUGCCCUGGAAGCGGAGGCAACAACACCCGCCAGCAACACCGGGACCUGAAGCUAUGCGCUAUCUCCCGCUUUGAGGCUGGGAUGGCACGUGCCCCAAGUAGCCCUCACGCCGGCUCUCGGAAGACAAGCAGGAAACGAGCGCGAGCCCGGUUGCUCUUUUCCUUGCUCUGCACAGCUCCGCCUCUCGCCGUCCCUCCCGCGAGUCAGUGCCGGAGCCCGGCGCUCCAGUGUGGGGACGCCCUGGGGGGAUGCGGCUCCCAAGAAGGCAGCCCGCCCCCUCCCCUUGUGGUGGAGAUGCCAUUCACUGAGGAAGCCUGAGCGUUGAGGCUGGGGGCGAGCGAAGCAGCGGUUGAGGAGGGGAUCGCGCUGGGGGAGCGGGUCGUCAGCACCGCGGACAGCGCUAGGCGGGGCGCUUUGCCCCCGACUCCUGCGCCUCCGAUUCCAGCACCAAGGACAGCGCAGAACUCUCCGCGCCAGUUGCCCACCGCGCUUCCCCGCCGCGGACGCCGCCCCAGCCCUGCCGGUGGCAACAAGCUCCGGGGAGCCGAGCGCUUCCUCCGCCUGCGGCAACAGGGACAUCGCCCUUAGGUCGGCUUCCUGGGAAAGGAGGGGCCUUCGUCACCAACCUGCUCUAGCCUCGGCUUCGGACUCCCGGGCUCCCAAGCAGCGUGGAGCAACCACGCUGGCAGCACAACAUGGCAACCGAGGUGAGCAGCGCGGGGAAAGCAAGAAGCACAGGAGGAAGCUCUGUCGAGUCAUGGCAGCCGCCGGGAAGCAUCUCCUCCUGCUUUGCCUGCCUAGUUUCUGCCCGGUGCGGUAGGAGAUCGCCAGACCAGGCGACCCUCACCGAGACUGGCUGCUCCGGCACCGCAUCCCUUGGGUUUGUUUUGCAGGCCCCAGAAGUCCCUUGUGCCUCCGACUUCAGCGCGGGUUAAAGAAAGGCAGCGCCGAGAGCCUCCGGCGUGUGUCUGGGGCUAGGGUGGUUGGCACGUCAUGGCUCCCUCCCCAGCGUGGCGCUUCCCCUGCUCCGCAAUCCUGGGUCACUAAACAAGACAGGGCAUUGCUAAUAUAGAACGAGUCCUCGCUAUGCUCAGUGGCUGAGGGUGCAGCGCAGGAGUCUCAUAGCAGUACCUGCCAGCGUCAGGCAAGGGUCAGGACGACGACAAGAGGAAGCCACAGGGCGAGGACAGCAGCACCCCUGAUGCUUCCCCGGGCUGUCCUUUGCAUGUGGCUCUGGUGAUGGAGGAUGAGACCACCUGUGGCAUACGACUCUCCGGUUUAAGUGUGGGUCCCAUUAACCAGCUUUGUGAAUCACCGGCAGCCACCCCCAACACAUUGCUCAGUGUGGAAGGUCUGAGUGGUAGAGCCCUGGGACCUCCAGGUAGGACUGAGAGAGAGAGACCCCUGCCUGAAAUCUUGGAGAGCCACUGCCAGCCAGUGUGGGCAAUACUGAGCUAAGAUGGACCAAUUAUGUGGCACAGCAUAAGGCAGCUUCCUAGGUCCCUAUGUGGGGUUCAGAGCAGAGUAGAAAGGGUGGGGGAACGGGGAUCCAGCAGCGCUAUCUCUCCAGGUGUCCUAUAGCCAGAAGCUCUCCAAAGCCAGUUCCUUCAUCUUACACCUCAAAUCCAUCCCUUUGGGCUGCUCGCCACAACCUAUGCUCUUCACCUUCCCCCUCCAGCGCCACAAAACAAGGUCUUGUUUACUGUCGUUGUUGUGCUGCUACCGAGGCAAGAUGCAGCAGCGAGCAGGCGAAAAUGGUCUGAGCCGGAAUGGGAACUACCGAAAGGUUGUUACUAGGGGAAAGGCGGCAGUUUCUAAAUGCGGGUGGUGCGGCGCGCGCGCGGGGAGGGGGGGGGUUGCAGCCUGCUACUAACGCCACAGCAAGGCAUCCCUGUAAAAGGCCAAAGCAUCUGAGCACACGGUGCGCACCGAACCCCUCCCCUGUAGAGUAGACCAGUUCCACUUCCUGCUAGGAAAGUCAAUAAUUUUUAUCCCAGCAUCAGAUCUUCAGCAUCGCAGCCCUUGUUGCUGAGGUUAGGACCUCGGUUGACUCCCAUCUUGCACAUGCUCAGAUUAAAUAACCCUUGACUUGAGCCCAAACCCUCUUGAAAAAAACGAGGGGUGUUCCGAAAUCCAGGUAGAAAACAACUGCUGACUUUCUCAACAUCUAGGAUGAUUUAUUAAUAUGGAGCACCCGAGAUCCAAUAUAACAGAGCAUGUGGGAAAUUUAAUGAGGUCAGAACCUGAGACAUGCCUUUUUUUGAAGUCUUGUAAGGAGAUGUCUAAUAGGAAGGAAAGGUGUGCUCUCCCUGCCAGACAGGGUGGGGGCUGCAUGCAAACUGGGAAGAAAUAUAAGAUUUCAUCAUGCCCCUAAAUAAAUCCAGCAUCAGACUGUGAACAGGCAGGAUGACAGAUUAUCCUGUACUUGCUUCCCAGGGGAUCUGAAAUGCCUCUUGGAAGGUUUGAAACUGGGCUGAAAGGAUUUCUGGAUUAUAUAUACUGGCCAGCUACAGAAGUUUAAAAAGGUAAAGGUAAAGGACCCCUGACAGUUAAGUCCAAUUCCACAAAGCUCAUUAGAAACUAAAGGCAGUGGGAUGGACCCUGGAGCUAGGAGGUGUGCAGUUCCAUAUCGAUUCUUAAUCACUCAGGGAUUCGUCACAAAUAGGAGAGGAAUAGCUUGAGACACAAAAUCUGCUGCCACCUCUUGGAUUAUCCAUCACACAGCUCUAACUCCCAGCAAUCCUAUUCAGGAUUUUGCAAGCUGUCAGUUGGCAUAUACUGCUGCAGUUAAUUUCUGUUUUCUUUCUGUUACUCCAUUCUACAUCUUUCAGUGUUGGUUUUAAUGUUUUGGACCUGCUAUGCUUCAACUCAAGCUGAGUAAAUUUCACUAAGUUUUUGAACUGAUUUUUGAGAGCACAUAACAGCUAGAUAGUUGGUUUUUUAAAAUAAUUUUUGACAAAAGUGCACUUUCUUGUUCUGUUAAUAGCUUAUUGACUUGUCACAUCCUCAUUCAGCAUAUUCCAUUAUAAGUAAUUGGUAAACCAAUGAGUCAUACAACCUGGAAAAUCAAGAUACAGACGUACACCUCAAUAGCAACAAGGUGUUCCAUACCUAACUAUGUAUUUUAUCCUCACACUAUCAAACCCUCAAAAAUGAUGUGUUUCCAUCAAAAUAUUUUUGUGAAAUUGAUUUUUCCAGAAGGUUAUUAAAUAGUUCCAAUUUUCCAUAUAGCUUCUAAUUGUGUUAAUCCUAUUCCCAUACUGAAUCAAACAACAUGUAUUAACUUUAUCAAGUAAUAGAUAUUCCAUGCAUUCAUAACUCUUUCCUAGCUUUAAGUUAUUCUUCCAAAUUGUUUUUGUGAUUUCAGUUCUUGCAGAUAUAAUUUGGUUAUUGAAAAUCCUCUGGUUUUAUCCAUGUCCUCUGCUCUAUAACACAGGAGAAACCUUAAUGGUAUUAAAGGCAAUACAGAGAGAAUGGGCUUUUACAGAAUUGGUGUGUGUGUGUGUGUGUGUGUGUGUGUGUGUUUCAAAAAGAUGGAAAAAUAAUGCAGUACAAUGCAGAAAAUAUAGGUAGUGCCAAGCUUAUUUUCUUCUGACACAAAUUUUGUACAUCUCCAUUUCUUUAAGCUUGCUUAUUUAUCCCUCUCUGUCUGAUUAACUGUGUCUUUGAGAGUCUGUAUGAAGGGCUUGGGAAGCUUCUGGAGAAAAGGCAAUCUCCUUCAAAAGCAAUUUAGUUCUGCUGCAGAACAAAUUAUAAGUAUAGCUGGAAAUACAGAAUUAAUAGGAUUUUUAAAAUUUAUUUUGGUUACCCACAGUUUAGUUCACACUCACAUAUACGAUACAUCAUUGCAUGGGUCAAACACAGUGGACCUUACUCCAAAUGGAACCAGAACACUUUGAAAGAAUAAAGAAAAGUGUCUGGUUAUACCAGUAAUUUUUCAGAACUGUUUGGAUACUUCAUAAAGAAGGAAACUGCAUGAGGUUUUUAAAGGCUUAGAUAAUCUGGGUUUAGGAAAUGAAAGUGUCAAGAGAACACAAAAAGUAAUAUGGCAUGACAAAGACGAAGAUGCUGAGCAUAAUUGUAAGGAACAAGUGACUCAAUGUAUUGUUUCAUGCGUCUUAUGCAGUUUAAUUAUUACUGUGACACAAUAUGGUAGGGCAGAAAUGGGUCGUGAGCCCAGGAUUACCCACACCGAGUCUAAUGCUCCAGUCAUUGAGGCACACUGCUCAGUUGUGUGUGUGUGUACACCCCACCCCACCCCUUCUGGAUGAAAUAGGACCAGAAAGGAAACGCCCAUUAGAAUUGCCAAGGGAUAUUCAGCUACAAGCUGGCAGUUUAUGAAGUUAUAUUCAUAUAGUCACAAAUCUAGGGGCGGCUGGAACAACUCAGAGUGUUUAACAAAAAUGUUUAUAAUGGGUUAGCCUCAGGAAGGAUACACACUUUUACUCCCUAAAGUUAUGUGACAGAUGUCUGCAGUGUUUAUGGAGGAUCUUGCUUUGGGGUUGUAGUUCUUGAGCCUAUGUUAAAUAAGGAGACAGAUGCAAAGGCUAGACUCCAUAUCAGCUUGAGGCUCUUACCUUUUUACCAUGCAUGAUCUGCUGCUCUUACUUUUUAUCUGUGUCUUUGGCUGGCUGGGAUUCAAACUGGAGGUGGGAUGAGUCUGUACAUUCGGCUCAAUCCAGUCUCAGAGUUGGCUGGCAACCAGGGGAAGAAAGAGUGUUUGGGGAGCAAAAAAAACCUCUGUGGUUUAUUCUGGAAGAACUUGUUCUUGCUUUGUUAGGUGUGUCCCUUCAAUUGAGGUCAUCCUGUGAUCAUUUCUAUAUGUUCCUGCCAGCUCCACUCUUUGUAAGAUAUAUAACCCCAGAGUUUCAGGUUUUCCAGUCAUUGAUGGUCUUGGGAACCUGCUCCAUUUCUUACUACAAAGCAUCUUGCCAAGUUCCAUUGAUAGUCCUCUUGCUCCAACAGCAGCAGGCACAUGUUGCUUGUAUAUAGGGAUAGCCCAUAAAAUGCAAUAGGAGGGCUGAUUCACACAUGGAUGUUGCACAGUUCUCAGCCAAUAAUGUGCACUGCCUCAGUCGGAAAUCACUAUCUGUUGUGAUAGAAAAGCUUCAUGAUGUUUGAUCUACGACGACUGUUUUAUACAUCUAAGUUACUAGCUAAUGAAUAUGGAUGUAUGAAUUUACUCCGUGUCUAACCUUCAAACUGCAUUUCCAAAUCUAAAAUCCUUACCAGUAUUCUAAGGUGAUGCUGAAGAGAUAAGGAACUGUGUUAUAAUCCACUGCAGCAGGGCUUACCAGUGUUGUGAACUAUAGUCUCAUAGAACAUACCGUAUUUUCAAUCAGUUUUGGGUAGGAUUGCAAUGCUGAAUUGGUUAAACAGCUGUUGAAUGGCCUUCUGGUCAACUAAAGAGAUGCCCUUCAAUUAAGUAGCAGAUCUUAGAAGAGUCAUUCUUGCUUCUUGCUCACACAAGGAGGGAGGGAAUGCCUCUUCUGAGAUGGUGCUCUCAAUGAGGAGUGACACAUCAUCAAAAAAAACAAUGGGUGGCAUCCAAACCUGUGCAAGCCAUGUUCCAUUUGUGCAAAGUAACUCACCUUCCUCUCCUCUCCCCCUGCACCCUCAAAAUCUACUCCAGAGUGUUUGUGGGGAUGGCUGAGGGGGAGAUGAGAGAAGGGGAUAUUUCCAUCGCACAAGCAGAAAUCAGUUGCAUGAGAAGAGCAGCAUUGACUACAACCCAAUAACAGUACCCCAUAAUCAUAACUUUUUUUAAAAAAAUUUUUUGUAUCCAAGUCAAUGUAGAUUCAGGGACUCUUUAGAGCAGGGGUGAAGAACCUGCAGCCCUCCAGGUGGUGUUGGGCUCCAUCUUCCACCAACCCCUGCUAGCAUGAACAAUGGAUAAAGAGAGUUGUAAUCCAGCAAUAUUUGGAGGGCCACAAAUUCCUGCCAUAGAUGCAUGGCAUCAGGGUAUGCUGUGAGCUUCCCCCACUGUUCUAGAAGGCACCUUUGCCUGUUGUAACCACCUGCCUCUGCUCUUCCAGGUCCACAAUCUCCAAGAACUACGGCGGAGUGCUUCCCUGGCCACCAAGGUCUUUGUUCAGCGGGACUACAGUGACGGGACUAUCUGCCAGUUCCAGACCAAAUUCCCUCCAGAGCUGGACAGCCGGGUACAGCCAGUUUUCUCACAGGGUUCAUGCUGACUGGUGAAGUAGGUGACAAAUCCUUAUGUCAGACGAAGGCAUUGUAGUCUGGAUGCCAGUGAGAGCAAAGUGUUAGUGCACCAAUGAUGUUUCAGAUGCUCUAGAAAUCUUAAGCUGCACAGAGUGGUUUCCUGCCUUCUUAAACACCUGGGGUAUGCCUCAUUUCCUUUUAUGAUUUAUUCUAACUUGUUAGCUGUUGUGAUCAUAUACAAAAUGCAUAGCAGACCAUCUUGCUCAAAGAUCUGAACACACACACUUCCAUUCCACAGUGCACCUGCUCUUGUUCCAAUGCUCCCUUCUCUGAUAGCAUCUAUUAUUUUGCACUGGGUGAAAGAUGGGUGCCAUAAACAAUGGAAUGGCCUCCUGUGCAUACAUCUUAUGGCAUUCUUUCUCUUAUUUUCUCCUCACCAAAGAUCGAGCGGCAACUUUUUGAAGAAACUGUGAAGACCCUCAACAACUUCUAUGCAGAGGCUGAGAAAAUAGGGGGCAGCUCCUACCUGGAGGGAUGCCUGGCCUGUGCCACAGCCUACUUCAUCUUUCUCUGCAUGGAGACCCGCUAUGAGAAGGUUUGGAGCCACAACAUGCAUUGUGGUGUGAUAUAACAAUUGGCGUUGUUGUUAAAUAAUAUUGAUUGGUCAAUAUGGAGUGUGUAAGUUAGAUGAACCACCUGAUUAUCCACGUUCAUAAGAUGUAGAUUCCUUGUUUCUCCCAUAUUUAACAAUAUCCUGUCCAACCUCUUCUUGUGCCAAUAAUCUCAAUUUGUGAAUCAUUGGGGUUAAAGGUAAAGGUAAAGGGACCCCUGACCAUUAGGUCCAGUCGUGGCCGACUCUGGGGUUGCGGCGCUCAUCUCGCUUUAUUGGCCGAGGGAGCCGGCAUACAGCUUCCGGGUCAUGUGGCCAGCAUGACUAAGCUGCUUCUGGCAAACCAGAGCAGAGCACGGAAACGCCGUUUACCUUCCCACCGGAGCGGUACCUAUUUAUCUACUUGCACUUUGACGUGCUUUCGAACUGCUAGGUUGGCAGGAGCAGGGACUGAGCAAUGGGAGCUCACUCCGUUGCGGGGAUUCGAACUGCCAACCUUCUGAUUGGAAAGUCCUAGGCUCUGUGGUUUAACCCACAGCGCCACAUCAUUGUGGUUAGGACUGAACUAAAUAGGAUAUAAAGGGUUACCAUCCAGAAAUGUUGUGAUCACAACUAUUGUAGCAAAGCUGUAGCAAACUGACACUAUGCAUCGGUGCAUAUGGUGCUGAAGCACCCAGAAAUUAGAAUGCCAAGUUGAUGUUUUUAUUUAUAUACUUGCUUUUAUUUACUUAAUUGUGAUAGUAUGUGAUCUGAAUCCUGAAGCCACACAACGCAGGAUCAUGUAGACAAUGAGGUCGCACUGGCAGAGUGUUUAGCUUUGUCUGAUAUGCUGAUGGCAGGAAUCCAGUGAACACUUGGCUCAUGCAUAUGGACCUAAGGAUUACUUGCACAUAAUGAACACCUAGAGUUUCAAGAGUGGAGAGAGAAGCCCAGUGUGGACACAUCCUCAUUCUUUGGUUUUGUUCUUUAGAGUCCCCCCACCCUUCCUGGUUGCAUCUGAAAUUUGCUUAUCUCUAACAGCAGGUAGGCAGGACCUUGAAUAUCCUUGCCUAGUAAAGAGCUCAGUUAGAAUAGAAUCAGGGAGACCUACAGCAAAAUGUUGCAGUGUGGAAUGUUCUUGGGCUCCUCCAGGUGACCUGUUUAUUGAGCACUCAUCCCAGUUUACUAGCACAAAGUUUUCAGGGCGAUUUUACAGUAUCCUCUCUUUAUUGAGCAUUCCUCCUGAAUUGUUUGUGGGGAGGUUAUAUGACUUCCUGUCAACUGACCAUCAUCACACAUUUUUUAGUGAACUUCCUCAUCACUUUCCUUCCUGCAAAAAGUCUGGAACUUUUUUUAAAGUAGAUUUGUUGUGCCACAGCACUUUAACUGUGACAACCAAAAUUUCUGGUAUGCAAUUAAAUUCUUCCUGCGAUAUAGUGACAGUCUGUUCAGUACCCUCCCAGGGAUACUCCAUUACAUUUUCCACCCAAUCAGUUUUCCUCCCCCCACCCACAUGCUGCAAUAGUAUUCCAUGGGCACUGAACAUGUUCUUUUUGGGGUUCCCCAUAAUUCCCCCCCUAAAGAUUCUUUAUACUUCUGCAAAAGUUAGAGUUUCCUGAAACCUGUUGAUACUUCCCUCUUGCCCAUAGCUGUCUUAGCUUCAGAAGCAGUGGUACUGAUGUCUGAACAUAAGAAACAGAGGGAAUAAUGAGCAGGAUUAAAAGGGAAAGGCACAUGAUUUAAACUGACAGCCUGUUUCAAGCUGUAGGGAAUGCUUUCUUUGUCACAGGUUUUGCUCAAAAUGUCAGACUUGACAACUCACUAUUUUCCAGGGUUGGGAAAAUAUUCAAAAUAGCAGAGCAUUCUGGUACACUUAACAACUCUCCCUUCAGGUUUUAUACAUUUCAUCUGAAUGUAGCUCUACCUUUCUGUGAAGUCUCCAGCUAAUUUAGAUUGGGCUCCCAUGCAUUCAAGAUGCAAUGCAGUCAUUCACAGGGGCACAUAAAUAGCGUAGGAGAGAGGCUAAAAUAAUUCUUUUGGUUUCACUUACAAAAAAUGUUCUCAGGCAGAUAGUAGAGCAACAUGCUCUGUGUAGGAGCACAGUUAGGCAAUAGAGUGACUUGUCUUGGGAAACUUUCAAAGAUUGAUGGUUAUCAAUCAGAGAUUACUGAAACUGGGAAUGGGAUAUCUAGGUCAACACCAGCUUCUGUUAUUGAGGUGCUUCAUCUGUUGCGGUUUCAUGAAACACCUUUUCCUUCUUGAAGUAGGUGAAUCCAAGAACUUCAGAGGAUCCCAGUAAAUGGAUCAUCUUCCCUAUAUUUUGUGUCUCAUUCUCUGGGGCUACAUCUUCGCCAAAUAGUUGCUGAACGCUUGUCCAAUUAUCUCACCAGGUUCUGAAGAAGAUCUCCAAGUACAUCCAAGAGCAGAAUGAGAAAAUCUAUGCUCCUCGAGGGCUGUUGCUGACAGACCCAGUGGAACGGGGCAUGCGAGUUGUAUCCUUCCUGGUUAGCACCAAAGGGGAAAGGGGAAGAUAUGGUCACCAUAUAGAUCGCUCUUCUUACCCAUGUGGAUGACUCUCAGCAACACACACACACACACACACACACACGCACACAUACACACACCCACGACCAUUUCCUGUGUCCCAGCUGAGAUUCUCUGCUCCAAAUUCAGCAUUCAAGCUCAAAAAAGAAGUUGUGGGAUCGUGCUACUUAGUCUACUUACUUAUUUUACAGUGUUUGUUUACUGCUUUCUAACCACAGUGGCUCAAAGCAGUUCACAAAAAUAAAAUCAGAUCUACAGGCAGAUGAUAUUACUCCACACAGCAACAAAUCUGGAGUCCCAAGUGCUAUCAGUGAUAUUUCAAACAAUAGCAUUGUGUGACUCUGCUCCCUUGACAAGAGUUUGGGGAAAUGGGGCAAUAUAAGGCUGAAGUUUUCAGGAACAUAGGAAACUGCCUUAUAUGGAGUCAGACCAUUGUCCCAUCUUGCUCAGUACCACUGAGCUAUGACCCUUCCUAACUGCUGCUCACUUUUCUGCUGCUCUCAGCAGAUGGGAUCAGCUGGUUUGAGGCACAGUGUGUGGACAGUGAUGUCUAAAGUAACCCCCGAAUUCCCUUUGCUGGUGUUGCUGCCUCCCCAGGUUCACCACAGUGCCACAGGAAACGACCCUUGCUCCCAAAGGGGCUACCAGGCCUAUGCUUAGCAGCCAGAGGUUUUUGGUCUUUGUGGAGGCAAGCUCCUUCACCAGAGGUUGUAUCCAGCUAUUGCGGCUUCUGGCUCUGCUCCCUUGAAGGGAUGUGGUGGCCAAGAAGAAGUGGGUACUGAAAGGCCCAUGUGUUCCCUCCAACCCACCAAGCAUUCCUGCUGCCUCUAGUGCUGCCAGGACUCAGUUUCCUGAACUCGUCAGCAAAAUGUAUUUUAGCCUUCAAAAACACCAGCAAAACACCGUAGGGAUUAUAAAGGAUGUGCUUGGGAUGUGUUUGUUUAGAGCUUUAAAACUUUGCUCUUCAGAUGAAAAAGGCUCGCAAAGACCAGAAAUAAAACAGUCCCUGCCCUCGGGCUCACAAUCUAGUGGACACAGCACAAAAUGAGAGAUUUGGGAGGGAAGAGGUAAAAGCAAACUCAGGUGCAAGUUUUUAGUUACAAAGAACAUCUCAUAAUGGAAGGCAGUAGCAUAUAACUUUAGGGCUGUCCCUGCAAGAGUGAGCAUGCAAUACAUUCAUGGGGCAACGACUACUAUUUGUGUAGGGAAAGAUUAACUGUCUUAUCAUGUGCCUGCUUCCUCUCUCAAACAUAAGUUUCACUUAGUUCAGUAAUACUUACUCUCAAGUUAAUAAAGCAUUGCACGCUUUCAACUAUGUGGCUUAGAUAAGUGGUGGUUGAGGAGUGGAAGUAGACAGAUAUGAAACUAUGACUAUGGAGCAACCUUCUUUCACCUUCUGUGUGAUAUCAUACAGCAGGAAUGGAAAACCUGUCACCCCACAGAUGUUCUUAGGUUCCAGCUCCCAUCAGCGCCAACCAACUUGGUUGGCCAGUAGUCUGGGAUUAUGGCAUGGAAGCCACAGAUUAAGGGCACGUCCACACUUCUGCUUGUCAUGCCACUUUCCCUGGGGUAAUGCAGCUCUUUACCGCUGAAUCGGAGCAAAUGUCAAUUGGGUUUUCUAUGGACUGACACUUGCUCCAAUUCAGCGGUAAAGAGUGGGUUUUCCUGGGAAAAGAGGUGGGGCAAACAGAAAACCUCUGGGACCUGUUCUUUCUAGGUGAGGGAUAAGUGGAAGUGAGAAGAUGCUCCAACAACACAGGAUGCCAACCCCUUUUGCAGAAGAAGGCACCUGAUGUCAGAGAAAAACAGAUGAGGCAUAUUUUUACCCAGUGCAUGGUUGACUUGUGGAACCACAACAACAUGUAUUUGAGACAGAGCAACUGCCUGAAAGGUGCGCUGUCAUUUCAUAUUUCAGCUGCACAUGCCAAACUGUCUGAGGUUGGAACAGUCAGAAACUUGCUCUUACCAGAUAAGCUGAAGUCUUACAACAGGGGUGAGGAAACUUCUUCAGUCUGAGGCCUCGUUUCCUCAUGGGGAACCUCCCAAGGGCUACUUGCUAGUGGUGGGUGAUGCCAGAGGCAAAGCUGGGUGAAAGAUCAGAUGGGACUCUCCCAGCAUAAAUCAGAAGUUUAUAUACACACAUCUGUCCAGCCAGGCAGAAGAACUCAAGGUGGGCAUACAGCAAGAUUGUCCCAGGAGGGGCAUGGCCUAGGGAGUUUCCUAAAGGCUGGAUGGCGAGAUCUGGAGGGACACAGUUGGCCCCUGGGCUGGAGGUUCCCCACCCUGUCCUACAGCAUUGUCAAGCUCUAUGUGCAUUUGUGGCUGCUGAACAGGGGUGCACAAGGCUAUCAGCUCUCCUUGUUCCCUGUAUCCUCCUUAUCCUCUUGCCCACAGAUCGAGAUCUCCAUCUAUGAGGAUCGUUGCAGCAGUUCCAGCUCUGGCAGCUCAAGCAGCAGCAACAGCAGUGCUGGCGGCGGGGGUGGGGGAGCCGGGGGCCGGUGACUGGCACAGAGUCCCGGCAGGGAUUUGUACUGCCGGGACGACGGUGUCUCCGAGAUCCGCAGACUGCGCUACCAGAGCACCCGCUUCUGAGCAGCCCCAGGGGGGUUGGGGUGCCAGCAAGGAGGGUUGUGACACCCCUGGGGAGGGGCUUGUGACAACCAGCGGGGGGCAAAGUUCUUCUAAAGAGGAUGCUUGGCCUCAGCCCCAAAUGAGCCCAGUCUCCCCAUGGCUCAAAACCUGGGUAACCUGAACUACUUGACACUUCCUGCGGGCUCCUGGGGACACUCCUGCCCACCCCCUCCCUGGGAUGUCCAAAUGUGUCAUUGUCCAAGUCCUGUCCUCACAAGCUGCAGGUACACAAAUACCCCGUCUGAAUGCACCCUCUAGCUCAAGGUCAAAUGACCAGUAAAGAUCAGCCCAGCAUGGUGAGAUGGGGUGGGGUGUGGGUGAGGGAACUGGUGAUUUUGGGACCCUGUGACAAGCCUUUCCCUGAGCACCACUGUCCUCUCCCCUCCUGCAUUGGCACUGACCCCCCAUCCUAGUUCCUGUCUUUUGCUUGCUGCUGUGCAUGCCAUUCUCCUGGCACUUUAGGCAUGGUCUGAGCAUCCAACGUCCACAGCGCUGUGAUGGGGCCCCUGCAAGUGCUUUGCCCACCCUCCCCUCCCUCCUGCAGGGUGCCGUACUGGCAGAGAUGUGCCCUCUCACAGAUUCCAGGAUGGACUCUGUACUAGGGCACAUGCCUCAAGCUCUGGAUCCUUCUGAGGUAACAGAGAGACAGGGGUAUUGUAAGGAGCCACAGGAGGAGGUGAGGCAGCAGCACUGUCCCCCGCUGGUGGGAUAGCAGCACGGAUCCUGUCAAGAACUAUAUCGUCUUCCAAAGUUGAAAGACUGCACCUUGCCACCUCUGACCAGGUGCAACAGGUUUUCCAGUUCAACCAGGGAUCAUGGAGAGCAUCAGAAGAUGGGAGAUGUUGGAGGUGCUUUAGUGGAGAGGCCUCUGGCUCCUCAAUUCCUCAGCUCCUCCCAGUCCAAUAAGCAUCUUUGGGAUUAUGUAUGUAAAUAUUUAAUAUAGCCCUGGCUACCAAAGCUCCACCCCUCCCUUCACCCUUACACCACAUUUGGCAAACAGAAGAAAGAGGAAGGAGGAUGAAAACUCCGAGGUGGGUAUGGAACCCUGCAAUAUUUGACCCACUUCCCUAGUGCACAGGUGUUUUGCAGCAUCACCUUAUCACUUGCAUGCACAAGUUGUCUCCUUGCUGCAUGUUCCCUCUCCCUCCUUCCUGUAAAUAGCUACCUGGGCCCCACAUAUGUAUGUCUGAGACCCUCUUGGUUCUGGAGCUUCGGUACCUCUUCUCUGAGUCCCCAGUGCCACUCUGUGAAACGAGAUGGGAAGGCAAGAGGGAGACGACUGAGCCACUGGGUCAGUGGACUGGGCCGCCCAAUGAACAGGUGUCCAAACCAUGGGUGAAGCCUGCCACCACUUCUGGCAAUGGACAGCAGCUCCAAAAAUGCUUCCAGCUUCUCACACACCACAUGUCCCACGCACAGCUAGAUGUCCUUGUGGGGGUCACUCAGUAUAAGACUUUGUUUGCACCCAGCUGUGGAGGGGGAGAUUGUUGGAGGGUAGACACUGUUUUGGAUGCUUGGCCUGGGCAAACUCAGCAGUCACUCCACUACUUCGUUAAUGCUCCAAACUUCUUGAUUUCAGAAUGGGAUUUCCUCCUUUUUGAUGGUGGGGAAUGAAUGUGUUUGGAGAGUGACCAGACCCUGACUGUGCUGCAGGGAAAUGGGAGAGCUGCAGAGGGCAUCACAAAUGCAUAGAGGUUAAGCCAAUGGGACCCUGGGAGGGUUUCCCCCUGUACCCAGAUGCCCUGAGAAGCUGCUCCCCAUGCCAUAUAUUGGACUCAUGGAUCUGGUCAUAGUUGUAUCCCUCUGACUCUACAUGAAAACUUCUGACAAUAAACUAGAAGUGAGAAUC